UAAAAUUCUUUUAUAUGAUUGGCUUAUACAUUUAGAUCCAACAAGAACUAAGGAUAAAAACCAAUCGUAUUGAAGAAUUUUACACAAUUGCUAAGCUACUUUUUCUGCUGAAUGUCGCCAAUGAACACGUUUCGAAUUGAUGUAAUUUUACGCGUCGAGGCAUUUAAGAGCAGAAGAGCCACGUAUUCGUCCGUUCGGAGUAACUCCAGUCAAAGUAACGAAUUCCUCCUUUUUCAUCGCGUCUGAUGGUUUGUGUCUCUUCCCAUGAAAACGUGGCCGCAGUCCCGCGGACGUCGAUCGUCGCGCCGCUUCUGACGUAUCUCAGUUCAGCGUGAUCACGUCGACGGUCAGUGUGUACAUAUGCAUCACCUGCCACACGCGUAUCUAUGAUUACUUAAGUUUACAUACACGCACCACUCCCGACUCCCGCUAUUGCGUGUUCGCAAUUUCUGUGAGAUUCCCGACGUAGGACGGAACCCGGAACGUCGCCGGAAUAUCGACAAGUGCGUGUCCACGGGUGAGCGAUGGGGGACGCAGCGAUGAACGUCGCAGCGUCCGGUGGCGGCGGCGGCGGCGGCGGUGGUGGUGGCGGCGGUGGCGGUGGCGGUGGCGGUGGCAGCGGCGGCGGCGGCGGCGGCAGCGGUGCUGGCAGCGGUAGCGGCAUCGGCAGCGGCGUCAGCGGCAGCGGCAGCGGUAGCGGCGGUCAACGCAUCGUCAAGGAAGGAUGGCUUCAGAAACGCGGAGAGCACAUAAAAAAUUGGCGGUCAAGGUAUUUCGUCCUGAGAGACGAUGGUACGCUGGUUGGGUUCAAGGCGAAGCCUGAUCCACAGAUGGCUACACAAACGUCUACCCAACCGUUAAAUAACUUCACAGUGCGUGGGUGCCAAAUAAUGUCGGUGGACAGACCUAAACCCUUUACGUUUGUUAUCAGAGGCCUCCAGUGGACAACCGUGAUUGAAAGAACGUUUCACGUGGAAACGGAACAAGAAAGGGAAGAUUGGGUAGCAGCAAUCAGAUAUGUAGCGGAUAGAUUAGCAAAUGAAGAAAAUCAACAAGAGCAACCACAAAUGCAACAAUCUUCUUCAUCAGAGGAUGUUGAUAUGGAAUCGUCAGUAGGUGCUAGGUCUGAUUCCUGUAGUUCCUUAGGUGUUGUAUCUACUGAUAUAGACGGUGGUAGUAUCGAUGAAUUAUCAGCAAAAUUCAGUGUCCAAGGAACUUCGAGUAGUAAAAGUACUGGCAAAAAGAAAGUAACUCUUGAAAAUUUUGAAUUUUUAAAAGUUCUGGGGAAAGGAACGUUUGGAAAGGUGAUUCUUUGUAGAGAAAAAGCGACAGGACAUUUAUACGCUAUCAAAAUUUUAAGAAAAGAAGUUAUUAUCCGUAAAGAUGAAGUGGCACAUACACUUACUGAGAAUAGAGUAUUACGUACUACUAAUCAUCCUUUUUUAAUCUCUUUGAAAUACAGUUUUCAAACGGCGGAUAGGCUGUGUUUUGUUAUGGAAUAUGUAAAUGGUGGCGAAUUAUUUUUUCAUUUGAGUCGAUCACGAGUAUUUGGUGAGGAUCGUACUCGAUUUUAUGGUGCAGAGAUUAUAUCGGCCUUAGGUUACUUGCACUCGCAAGGGAUUAUAUACCGUGAUCUCAAAUUGGAAAAUCUCCUCUUAGAUAAAGAUGGGCAUAUAAAAAUUGCUGACUUUGGUUUGUGCAAAGAAGACAUUACCUAUGGGAGAACGACAAAAACAUUUUGCGGAACGCCAGAGUAUUUGGCACCAGAAGUACUUGAAGAUAACGAUUACGGACGAGCUGUGGAUUGGUGGGGCGUGGGUGUAGUCAUGUAUGAAAUGAUGUGUGGUCGAUUACCUUUUUAUAACAAAGAUCAUGAAAAGCUAUUUACGCUUAUUUUAUUGGAAGAAGUAAGAUUUCCUAGGACGAUUAGCAAUGAAGCAAGAGAUAUGCUUGGUGGCUUAUUAAUAAAGGAUCCAAGCAGAAGAUUAGGUGGUGGACCUAAUGAUGCGAAGGACAUCAUGAAUCAUGCAUUUUUCUCAUGUAUCAACUGGACAGACCUUGUCCAGAAGAAAAUUCCUCCACCCUUUAAGCCGCAAGUGACUUCAGAUAUUGACACUCGAUAUUUUGAUAGUGAAUUUACCGGCGAAAGUGUUGAACUUACACCCCCAGAUCAGGGCUGUUUGGGUAGUGGAGGUGGUUUAAAUUCUAUAGCGGAAGAACAAGAACAUUUUCCCCAAUUUUCAUACCAGGAAAGUCAUUCAGCAGCAACUUCUUCCAUUGUUUCUAUUAAUCACUGACAGUGUCAAGUGUCUUGCUUAAUUAAUGUAAUGAGAGAUGCGAUUCAAUGCAUAAAAAAUUUUGAGCAAAAAAAUUUAAUUACAAUAUGUAUCUGUUGAUCUGCAAAGCUUGAAAUUCUCCCAAUAGGCAGAUCAAUCAAAUUAUCUUUCUUUAUGAUGCUUUUUUUAUGCAUCUUAAGAGAUUGUCACAUAUCUCCAAUGGCAAAAGAAUUAGAUUUAUGCGUAUAAGUGUGCGCGCGCAUAUAACACCUAUACACAUAAUUAUUCAUUAUAAAAUUGUAUAUGGCAAAAUGUAUACUAUAAGAGUAGAUCGAGAUAGUACGAUUAAUAUAGACUCGAAGGAAUAUGACAGGGAUUAAAUUACGUUCUUAAUUGAAUCAAGUUAACUAAAACUCCUUGAGACAUGUAUUGUGAAUAUUGAAUAAUUUUCUUGUCAUCAAGGAAUAUGCGAUAUGAUCAUAAGUAAUCUUUCGUUCAACAAAAGCUGCACUUGACACUUUCCAACUUCAUUGUCAUUGUUUAUUAUCUUAUUUAUGUAAAGGGCAGUGUUCCUGAUCGUUUUUUAAUUCAAUAGAUGACUGUUACGGCAGAUGCCAAAAUAGAAAAUUUGCAAUUGGCAAAGAACUAACGAAAAAGAAAAUGGUUUUUGUCCAUUGUGGAAGUAGAAUGUGUAGAAAAAUAUCAGCUUUAAUUGAAUUAUUGUAUAAAUUGGAAAUCACUUUUUUAGCGUUAUGAGAGAGAAAAUUGUCAUUAUUAUGAUUAAUAAUAAUUGGAGAUGUGCGAGUAUUCGAAAAUUCUUGGCUGUAUAAAAUUCGAGCACGUGUUCGAAACAAAUGUUUGACUAUUUUUGGAGUUUCUUGGAAAAGGAAAUGGUUUGAAAGAAA